AACACUCACUGUGCAGAAAAGGUUUCUUCAGAAGCUUGAUGACAUUGUGGUGGGUGACAUCACGUCAUUCUUGAUAUAGCUUCUAUCGCUCUGCUGGCUUGAAAAGACUAAUUUUAAGGGGCAGCGUCCAGCUUUGGGGUCCUGAGAGGUUGACUUAUUCGGCGUGAUCGUAUACAAUUGGCAGCCGCUUCUGUGAUAGUCCAUUGAGGAUGGCCUUGAGGAUUGCUUUCACAACCUUGCGCAGGGUUACAAGGAAGCUUCCAGCAUUCCUGGAAAGACUGGAGGGUUACACUGCUGGGACCACAUUUGACCCCAGCCAUUCAGCCCCCCACUGCUCAACUUGGCAGCGCCAAACCCCCUGUCGCUGGUUUCAGUUGUCCGCCCCCGCCCCUUACAAUCUCGCUACCCAUGUCCCCCAGCCAAAGAGCAAGUCAAUCCUUAAACCUUCCAGGCCUAGAAAGCCUCCGGAGUUUGACAUGCGGGCAUACCUGGCAGAAGGGGGCGCAAAGAAACCCUGGUAUCAGAUGAUGGUUGAGCUGGCGGUCGCGGAGGACCAGGGGUUCUUCCUACAUCCGGCCGACAUCAACCGCCUGGUGCGAAGGUGUGCAAUGGAGGACAAUCACGAGGCCGCUCUUGAAACCUACGUCAACUACCAGGACGCCAAGUUUUGGCCCGGCCGCUUUCUACCGUCGAGGCAAAGGACCGACAUCGCGCUCCGGGCUACAAACAUUUUGUUGGGACUCUUCUAUCACAAUCGGAAGCAGCGGGCAUUGGACCUCGUUGCGGAGCUGAGUGAGGACGUGGGCAGCCGGCACACCCUCUUUGACCUGUUACUCCUCCAAUGCGCUCGAAAUGGCGACGAGUCCGAAGACCAGCGCGGCGACGGGGUCCGGCAGCUCACGGUUAGGGACGGCUUAAGCAUCGUCGACAGCAUGGUUAGCAUCGGGUUACGGCCGACCCGGAUCGGAAUGGAGGCGCUGAUCGACUGCUGCGAUGCAGCGCUGGACGCGAAAAUGGCGGAGGAGAUUGUGCGGCGGAUGGAGAAAGAGUACGGGCUGCCGCCGACGAUUAUAACGCUCGUCAGGCUGCUGCGAGCCUGUGUGAACGCCGAGGACGAAGACCGGGCGCUCCGAGUGCUCAACAGACUCCCCCGGGAGGACGUAAAAACCGUGGACAUGCAGCUGUUCGUCAUGCAGACGCUUCAGCUGCAGUACGAACAGGCGGCCGAGAGCCGGGAGGCCGCCGAGGCGCCCGGGAGUAUGCCCCAGCUGCGUAUGAAGUUAGACGAGCUUCUGCACGAAGUGCCUGUCAGCAGUAGACAUCACGUUCAGUGCAGUAAUCUGAGGUAAUGUUUUCGGUGAAGACAAACUGGCGGGGGCAGCGACUUUGAUCAGCCUUGCCCUUCACUCUGUACAUUCAAGAUCGGCACAACUCUUCUCUGACUCCGUGCAACCUCAACGCUUUGCAGUUUCUGAGAGGUGGGAGCCUUAGAUCCGCAUUCGAAACAUGAUGGGUCAUGGCUCUUGAAUGAUAGACUACCAAGCCUGCGUUAAGGUCAUCCAUGA